GAAAAAUCCCGUAAGUUUUCACAUGAUACUUUUAGGGGGGGAAUACAUUAUGGGACUCCUUAAAUCGCUGUACUGUUGUAGAAUAAGGUGGCCUUAUGCCAGUACAGACUUUGCAGUCAGCAUUGCAUUACAUUGGUAAUUUCUUCGUGCAUAAAUUUGAUGACGUUUGUGAACACCUGAAAUCAUUUGAGAACUGCACUUGACUCUGAAAGGUGCCUCAUGUGCCAGAUAAUUACAGUACUUAAGUAACCUCAAAGAGCGAAACUGAAUUGAAUAGGUGACGAAUCAAAGAAAAAUAAAUGUAAAAAAUGGAAAGGUAAUGCUAACAAAUGUCAAAACAGUUUCACUUUCCAUAUCAGUGGAUGGUCACAAACAAAUGGCGAGGAGUCCAAUCCAGAACACAUCCAUCCUCUCAGCUUCGUUCAAACCUGCGCUCUCAUAGUUUAAAGGGUGCGUCAAACGAAAGGCAGCUUUUCCUUGGUUAUUUCGCCUACUGACAUUGUUAACAGUCGUCACAUCUCACUCCGAGGAUUAAAACAAAUCAUCAUUCAUGUUAUUUUACGACCGAGAAGUGUAAGCUGUGCUCAAGUUGAGAUCGAGCUGGACGUCGGGACGUCGAUGUGUCUGUCAGUUGAAAGGUGUCAGCUGUUAUGGGUGAUGACAGCUGUAGACACACUUUAAUCGAUUAAAUGGAAGGAAUGGCAUCCCCCUUGACGACAGGCACCCCGUCGAGGGAUGCUGUCAGGAUCAAAGUCAUACAGCACAGCAGAUGUGAAGUAGACUCCCAGUGCUGCCGCUUCAGUGUCGAUCCUGAGCUAACAAGCUAUGAAGUCUUACGAAACCUUAUUGCCCGGGCUUUUGACUUGAAAGGAGAUUUCCAGACAUGCUAUUUGGCUCGAGAUGAUCGUUUUCCUGAGGCUUGCUGGGUUCCUAUGCUGUCAGAUUUUGACUUAGAGAUGGCAUUUGUCAAGUCUGCAGACCCUUAUCUUCUUGUAAAAGUAGAACUUACUUCUUCUAAUGGUACUUGGGAUGCUGUCACAAACAUAGACAUCCCAAAAUUAAGCUUGCCAGAUUUACCUCGUAAUAGUUACUCCACAAAGUUACCAGGAAUCUUCAAAGAAAAGAUGGAAAAGACACUGUCUAUAGUCCAGAAAGCUCUUAGUUGGAAUGAUGAAGCAGAUGAAGCCUCUCUGAGACCGCCAAGACCUCCAUUAAUGGACUCUGAGUUUCAAAAGAUGCUGGAUAGGGUGGGACAACUUUCCCACCCCAAAGAGUUGAGGCUCUGUGUUUACCUUGGUGGCCUUGAACCUUCUUUAAGGAAAGUGGUAUGGAAACACUUACUAAAUGUGUAUCCUGAGGGCCUUACUGGUCGAGAGAGACUGGAUUACAUGAAAAAGAAAACUCAAGAAUAUGAGGGACUAAAACAGGUCUGGCAAGACUAUUUAAAUGACCCUGAUCAGAUAAGUGAGGAAGUGAAGUAUGUGACAAAUAUGGUACGCAAGGACGUCUUGCGCACGGACAGGCACCAUCCGUACUUCAGUGGAGCUGACGAUAACAAUAAUGUGCAGAGCUUGUAUAAUAUUUUAACCACGUAUGCAUUAAAUCAUCCAUCAGUUGGUUAUUGCCAAGGCAUGAGUGACCUUGCAUCUCCUCUGCUUGUUACAAUGCGUGAUGAAGCCCAGGCUUAUGUUUGCUUUUGUGCCUUAAUGGCACGCGUUCACUCAAACUUUCACAUCGAUGGCGAUGCAAUGACCCUGAAGUUUCAGCACCUCACUGAAGCUCUUAUUUUUUAUGACUUGGAAUACUUUACUUAUCUCCAGCUUCAUCAGGCUGAAGAUCUCCUAUUUUGUUACCGUUGGCUACUGUUGGAAUUGAAGAGAGAAUUUGCCUUUGAUGAUGCCCUUCACAUGCUUGAAGUUUUAUGGAGCUCACUUCCUCCAGAUCCUCCUCAAGAAUCGUUGCCUUUGUUUGAGGUUGCUUUUAAUCCAGUUCAAAAAGAGAAAACGCCAGCCCCGCCCCCUACUCCGCGGCAAAAUCACUAUGCCAAUGUAUGUGCCCUAAGAAGACAGAGAUCCUGUGUAUCCAAUAGAAGUGCCGAGUGCCUUGCUGCCAUCCUUAGUAGGCGUGCAGCCAGUGUAGACUGUGAUGGGCCCAAUGGUGGUGGGCAGGUGAAAAAACUCAGCCGAACGUGGUCUCAGCCGAUUGAUACAUCUCAUGUGAGAACACGCGUACCAAGUGGUGAAAAUGCUAUUUGUGUAGACCGAAUAAGAGAAGAAAGCACCUCGCCUGAGGAUAGCCCGACUAGAAAUAUUAGAAAGAUAAAAAAUUUACGUGAGUUUCAGUUACUGACGAAAAAUAAGGACUCGGAUAGUGAAAGUAAUCCUGGUUCCCCAGCCAAAGAGAAAAAAUCACCCAGUAGAAAGAAGAAUGAAAUGUCAAAAUCAACUCUAGCUCCUAGUUUAAAAACUGAAAAUAAGCCUAGGAGAUGUUUCUCAGAUUCUUUGAAUGCAGAUGUUGGCAUGCCUGUUUCUUCUGAUGGUGAAGUUGAUGUAUGGCAAAAUCCUGUUGCAACAUUAUCUCCUGAAACUGACAAGGACAUACAAAUUGUAUGCCAAGAGGAAGCGCCCACAGAAGUAAUUCAACAUCUUUCACCUAAAACUAAUGGCCAGCAUACCCAGCCUGAAAAGGAGGGUGACAAUGAUCCAACUAUGACAGCUAGUGUCAAUUCCUGUGAAGAAGUUACCGAAGUCACAGGCUGGCAAGUCACCAUGAGCAGUGGAUCGAAUGGAACUCCAUGUUUACCUCCUCCAGAUGAAUUUGGAGGUGGUAAUCCAUUUCUCAUGUUUCUAUGCAUUACAAUUCUUCUCCAGCACCGUCAGCAUAUUAUUGAAAACAACAUGGACCACAAUGAGUUAGCCAUCGCACUUGGAAAAAUGGUUAGGCAGCAUAAUGUAAACAAAGUCUUGAGCCAGGCUCGGCGCAUGUUUGAAACAUACUUGAAGUUUGAUUUUAGUAAAUCCCGCUCAAAAAAAUCUCCACCAAGUUCUUCAGAUCAGUCAUGUUAAUUUUCAGAGCUUGCAUAUUGAAGUCAAACAAUAGAGUAGCUGUUGGUUUCAGUGGUAAACUUUUCAUCAAAUUACAUUCAAUCUUGGUUAGGAACAAAAUUUUGUGGUGUGCGUACUGUUGCUUUUAGGCUGCUCAAUUGUAAGACUGUUUUUCUUGAAUUGUUUAGCUGGUAAAAUAUCACUAGGGUUGCAUUGGGUUUGGAAGAAUAUGCUCUUAUUGCAAAUUAUGUAAAUACUUAGUUGUUUCUUUGUUUUAUAUUUCUGGGAAAUUUGAGGUAUAUAAAGAGUGUUCUAUUGGUGGUUUAGUUUUGUACAAUAUAAUUUUAAGGUUCUUAGGAAUUAGGUGAUAUGACUUUUUCAUAUUGCAUGUGCAGAACAGUUGCUGUUAUUUCUACAUAAUGGUUCACACUCAUGAACAUAUAUUGUGUAUAGAAUAUACUAUAUGAAAUAAGCACAUAAUUACGUAAUUAGUAACUUGCAUUAGAAUUUUGCAUUUAUGUUGUUUUUUUACCCUUAGAAUCUGUACUAAGUACAGAUUAGUUAAGUGGAGAUUUGAAUCAAGGAUUUUUCACAUGGAAUUUCAUUAAUUUCAGUAGGAUUUGGCUUGUGUGGUAGUCAUUGAUAGAAUUAAUUUCAUUUUAAUAUAAGUUUUUUUACGUAAAUUUUGUACUUUUUAAUUUAAAAAGAUAGUUUGAUCAUGUUCAGUCCAUUUCUUUCAUGUUAGGACUUUAUGAACAAGUAUCAUCUUCCAUGAUGGUAAUUUUACUUUUGAGAGAUUGGGGGUGAGUCACUCAUUUUGGACAAUGAUGUGUAAUAUUUACUGGUAAAAACAUCCGGAGUUUAAGAAGAUUCUUACUUUUCACAUACUAUUUUGUCAUAGAGUGGAUGGCAUUCUAAUUGAUAAAAUGAAAAGAUGAUCAAAACUGCUACAUCCUUGUCAUUAAGGAUGUACAUUUCUGCAGGUACUAUAUGUGCUUCCUUUUGUUCUAUAUUAAUACAAUGCUAUGUGUUCAGUGAAUUAUCUACUAUGUAUUUGCCUACUUGUGCUUCCUAUUUUAUGUUUAAGGUAUGUUCAUAUAUACUAUUUUAAAAAGAAAAUUAUUACUUAUGUUUUGAAUAUGGUAGUUCCCAUUUGAAAAGUUUGCUAUUACUUUUGACUCCAGUUUUAUCUUGAAAAUAUCAGACCAUCUUUAUUUCAGGAAACAUUCCAUCAUUUUAAUUCUUGUAAUUUUGUAAAAGACCAAAAGUUACAAAAGCUCAUGAUUUUGUACAUGAACUUCCCUGCCAGAUAUAUACUUAGCUAUAGUCUCCGACGUUCCGACAGAAUUUCAAAUCUCGCGGC